AUCUUUCUUUACACGGAGAAGAUGUCUUACCCAUCGACUUUGAACGCAAAACAGGCCGCACAAGAACACGUUUUAGCCGUGUCCAGAGACUUCGUGUCCCAGCCAAGGCUCACCUACAAAACGGUGUCCGGUGUAAACGGACCGUUGGUUAUCCUCGAAGAUGUCAAAUUUCCGAAAUUCAACGAAAUCGUCCAGCUCAAACUGGCCGAUGGCAGUCUACGAUCCGGUCAAGUACUGGAAGUGAGCGGCUCGAAAGCCGUAGUACAAGUGUUCGAAGGUACUUCGGGAAUCGAUGCCAAAAACACCAUGUGCGAAUUCACCGGCGACAUCCUCCGAACGCCCGUAUCCGAAGACAUGUUGGGCAGAGUGUUCAACGGCUCUGGAAAACCGAUCGAUAAAGGUCCCCCAAUUUUGGCCGAGGACUUCUUGGACAUCCAAGGUCAACCGAUCAAUCCGUGGUCGCGUAUCUACCCGGAGGAGAUGAUCCAAACCGGUAUCUCCGCCAUCGAUGUGAUGAACUCGAUCGCUCGUGGUCAGAAGAUUCCCAUUUUCUCGGCGGCCGGUCUGCCCCACAACGAAAUCGCCGCCCAGAUUUGUAGGCAAGCCGGUCUCGUCAAGGUGCCCGGCAAGUCGGCGUUGGACGAUCACGAGGACAACUUCGCCAUCGUGUUCGCCGCUAUGGGUGUCAACAUGGAAACCGCUCGUUUCUUCAAACAAGAUUUCGAAGAGAACGGUUCGAUGGAGAACGUGUGUUUGUUCUUGAAUUUGGCCAACGAUCCUACCAUCGAGAGAAUCAUCACGCCUCGUUUGGCUCUAACAGCGGCCGAAUUCUUGGCCUAUCAAUGCGAGAAACACGUGUUGGUCAUAUUGACUGAUAUGUCUUCGUACGCUGAAGCCUUGCGUGAGGUAUCCGCCGCCAGGGAAGAAGUACCCGGUAGACGUGGUUUCCCCGGUUACAUGUACACCGAUUUGGCCACCAUUUACGAACGAGCCGGACGUGUGGAGGGCCGCAACGGCUCCAUCACCCAAAUUCCCAUCUUGACUAUGCCCAACGACGAUAUUACUCACCCGAUUCCCGAUUUGACCGGUUACAUUACCGAAGGACAGAUCUACGUCGAUCGUCAGCUGCACAACAGGCAAAUUUACCCGCCCAUUAACGUCUUACCGUCGCUGUCGCGUCUCAUGAAGUCCGCCAUUGGCGAGGGCAUGACCAGGAAAGAUCACUCUGACGUUUCUAACCAAUUGUACGCUUGCUACGCCAUCGGUAAGGACGUCCAGGCGAUGAAGGCCGUGGUGGGAGAGGAGGCCCUGACGCCCGACGAUCUGCUCUACUUGGAGUUCCUGACCAAGUUCGAGAAGAACUUCAUCACGCAGGGCAGCUACGAGAACCGUACGGUGUUCGAAUCGCUGGACAUCGGCUGGCAGUUGUUGCGUAUCUUCCCCAAGGAAAUGUUGAAACGUAUCCCGGCCGCCACGUUGGCCGAAUUCUACCCGAGGGACUCGCGUCACUAGUUUCAUUGUUAUGUAAUAAAAAAGAAACUUUGUAUAUUAAUAGGGCAGUUUGUUAGGUUUACAAAAUGGUUCGUUUGGAAGGUGGUUUUUUCGUUUGCGAAUUUACUGUUGAACAGGCUUUUAAAUCUUUGGAAAUUAUCACGAUUUAUGAACGAAAGAAUUAUCUUCUGAUAUUUUUGUAAAUUAUUAGGAAACGCCCUUCCAUAGGGAAAGUUUUAGGUUUGUUAAUGAAGUCCACUUGUACCGAUUAGUUGAUUUUACCAAAUAAUUUUAAGCCGAUGAUAUUUGCGGUGUAAUUUUUUUUUGUAAAUAUUAUAUGGCGCCUUUGAGAAAGGCGUUCAAUGUAUAUUAAUGCAAGUUGUCACCCUCAUUUUGCUGUUUUGGGUUUUUUUUCCAAUUAGAAGCGAUGAAUUAUGCAAACAUAAUAAAUUUUAAUUAUAGAAGCAAAAUGAGUUGGUUGCACCAUGUGAAUUAAUUUCCUAAUUUCAAGAGUCUAAAAAGUACCCUUUCCAUUUAUUUAGAUGAAAAUAAGACAAUACUAUUUUUAUCAUAUAAGUUGAUAUUUAAUUUUUCAUUGAUUACUGUUUGCACAAUUGUUAUUUCGUUCAUGGUCCUGUUAAAGUGGAAAGUUUACAUUCCAUAUUUAAAUGUCAUUGCCCUUGUAUAAAAGCAAUACAAAAAAGCAUUGUAGCAUUUCGAAGCUUUUCAGUAUUUUUAAUCUAGAUGGUGAACAGAUUCAUUUCCUCGAUGUUGGUUUUUGACAUUUUCGAUGUUACUGUAAAAAAAUCUAAUUUUAUGUUCAUAGAUUAGUGUACAAAAAAUAUGUGAAUAAACACUAUACAUAUGUUGAAAUUUAUUGUUU